GGAUGUCUCAAUCCAUGUUAGGGAGUAGUUGGAAGUUCUAACCGUGAGAUGGACAUAGAAUAGAUUAGAACCUAUUCAGGUUGGGUCCUAACCCUAGGAUGUUACAGCCACAUUGAUUUGGACUGAAAAUAAAGAGCUUUGACAAAAUUAAUGGGCUCCCACCAGUCCCAGGCUCAUCAUGUACUGAAGAACUAUAGUGUGGUAGGCUCUGGCCUGUUAUGAAGAAAUAUAAUAUGGGCUCAGACCCAUGUGAAUUUCAAGGAUGGGCUAUAGUUCGACCACGUGUCACACCUAAAACCAUAGCUGCUAAGAUCAUCUCCUUCACUGAGUCCCAGCAAUGAAGAUAAGACACUUGUGGAGAGCUCGUGCUUCAAACACUCUGCUCACAAUCUCAAAAUCUCCAUUCAACGGUUUUGAUUUUGUUUCAUCAUCAACCUCUGGAAAAAUAUAUUAACCCCAAAUUUUGGUCUCCAACUCACAAGCUCAAACUAAGCUACCUUUUGAAGUUUUGACCAUGGCUUCUCUUCCCUUAUCCUUCGCUCCUUCUACUACAAGGGUGUUUGCUGCAACAGCUGCCAAAGGGGAAGGAGGCAGCAAGGAGGAGAAAGGGCUGCUGGAUUGGAUUCUUGGAAACUUGCAGAAGGAAGAUCAGUUCUAUGAGACUGACCCCGUUCUCAAGAAAGUGGAGGAUGGCAAGGCUGGUGGCUCAACCGGAGGCCGGAAGGGCACUGUUGCUAUCCCACAACCAAAGAAGAAAGGUGGAUUUGGUGGACUUUUCGCCAAGAACUGAUGAAAAUUGGGGUCUUUCGAUUCUUGUUGUGUAUUUGGUAUUGGAAUGCUCUUUCUUGAACGCCAAAUUUGUCAGUCAUUAAAUUUCCUUCUAAUGCACACUGUUUCUUUUACUUUAUUUAUUUAUCAUAUUACUAUAUACUAUUCAUAUUCUAUUUCUUUCUAAUAUUAGUGCGUAUAACUUAUAUUAAUCAUGGUUCUUACAAGGAAUUGUAGUUUGGAUUUAUGUGUUUGUCUAAUUAUUUUGUCUGUAAGAAUAAAUAAAGUGAGUAUGUGCCU